AUGAACUCCCGGCGCAGUCCCUCACCAGACAAUCCUGCGCCCCAUUCGAUACCUUUGCAGAACCUCUCGAGACCUCCAGAUGCCCUCGCAGGACAUUCAGCUCAGCGUUCCAGGAGUGGUCAUGCUAGCAGGUUUAGUCUCGGUCAUGGGCGUACACCUUCGUUGUUAGCACGUAGACAAUAUCAGCCACUUAUCACAGACUCUCCAGUCGACGCUCGAGCGGACGCUCCUAGCGCAAGUUCCUUUGACAACGCUCGCUUCGAGCCUCCAGAGGAUGCACGUGCUUUUGCCAACGCACAUGUCGGUCUUUCCUUCGACACGACCACUACAUCUACCGGACGGCCUGAGUUGGGACCGGGUUACUCUGCUCAACCCAACGACAAUAUUUCCGUGUUCUCACCACAAGAAGACGACGACCUCGCUCCUCUGACACAAAGUCCUGGCCUACGGUCAGCAAUGAAAGAUGCAUCCGUCAAGCAUUCAGGUCAGCGCCAUGAUAGGAAGAGAAGCAGUGUCCAGUUUCUGGACACAACCUCUAUACCAUCCCGAAGUCCUCGAAGCUCUCAUCUUGGAGAUAAUCUACCUGCUCUUAACACCAGUGCCGGUGUGUCAAGAAAGUUGAGUAUAAAUAGCGGCAUACUUCGCCUCUCAACUGAUAGUCGUCGUCCGUCAAGAAGCCGUUCGCGUUCACCAUCACCAUCACCUCUAGCUAGAGCUGGUUCGAUGCUCAGAGGCAUGUCUGAGCGUGUCGUCAACAUAAGCAACGACUCCGAUAUCGUCGAACAAAACAUUCGAAGAAAGUCAACUGUGCGUCGAGCACGUCGAAGAAGCCUUGCCAGACAAGACACUAAUGACAUAGAGAUUGGUGCCGGUAUCGAGGAAGACCAUAGAAAUUCCACUGCUGCGUCCUCGGAGGAGAAGAGGUCGGAUGCUGAUGUACCACCAACUUUCCUUGCGCCACGUCCUGUCAGACAUUCUAAUCCGCUCAAAGGCAAAUCGUUGGGUAUUUUCGGGCCAGACAAUGCACUGAGGAAGUGGCUAUUGGAACUACUAAUCCAUCCUGCUACUGAGCCUAUAAUUUUAGUCCUCAUUCUCGCUCAAGCUGUCUUACUUGCAGUGAACGCUGCUCCUGACGCACAAUACAUGCAACCACGUUCCCGCGAAUGGGGCAGGCUGAAGUUCGAUUAUGCCAUCUUUGCCUUGUUCUUCAUCUAUACUGGCGAAAUCAUCGCAAGGAUAAUCAUUUCAGGAUUCAUCAUCAACGCCACGGGUUAUACCACUCUGGAUCGAAGUCGCGGAUUUAGGGCCGGUGCUUGGGCUAAGCUUGGUUCUUACUUCUCGAUGUACGACAAAUCAGACGCCCAACCACAAAGAAGAGCCAGUGUCGACUUCCAGCCGUCUAUCGUUCGCGCUUUCACGGGUCUACCUGAUGAGCAAGGACCAGGGCACACGCGACAGAAACAGAGGAUUCGGCUCGCAAAACGCGCUUUCCUACGCCACUCGUUCAAUAGACUCGACUUUAUUGCCGUUGUCUCCUACUGGAUUUCAUUCGUUAUGCAGCUUGGUCGGGUCGACACAACCCACCACGUCUACAUCUUCAAUAUGUUGAGCUGCCUUCGACUUCUGCGCUUGCUUGGUCUGACUGGAGGGACAACAAUUAUCCUUCGAAGUUUGAAGAAGGCUGCGCCCCUGCUUGUUAAUGUUGCCUUCCUUAUUGGCUUUUUCUGGUUAAUAUUUGGGAUAAUUGGUGUCCAAAGCUUCAAGUCGAGUCUGCGAAGGACAUGCGUGUGGGUUGGCGACGAUGGCUCAGGGCAGAAUUAUACACUCAACCUGGCACCCGAGAAUCUACAGUUUUGUGGUGGUUACCUUAAUUCAACCUAUCAGCCAAUGCCAUGGCUGAAAGCAAAUGGUGAGGCAGGUGCUCAAGAACCAAAGGGCUAUUUGUGUCCGCUGAAUUCCCUCUGCGUCGAGAACGAUCGCAACCCAUACAAUGGUACGGUCAGUUUUGACAACAUCGUGCAAUCAAUGGAGCUCGUCUUUGUCUUGAUCUCUUCCAAUACGUGGAGUGAUCUUAUGUACUACUUGGUCGAUUCGGACUACCUCAUAUCGGCACUUUUCUUUGCUGUCGGCAUUGUAAUCCUGAGCUUGUGGUUAGUGAAUUUGCUCAUCGCAGUCAUCACGUCCUGUUUCCAGAUAAUUCGUGAAGAGAGCAGACAGAGCGCCUUUACUACUAGCGAAAUUGACGAACCUGAGCUGGAAGAGGAUCACAGAUUGGCAAAGGGUAACAAGCUCAAGGAGCUGUUCGCGAAAACAAGAAUUUUUUGGAUAACACUAAUCGCCUUCGACUCGAUCGUGAUGUGCCUUCGGAGUGCUUCCAUGAAUCAGUGGCGGGAGGAUUUCAUCAUGUGGACGGAAACCGUGGUUACAUUGUUGUUGAUGCUAGAGAUCAUCCUUCGUUUCAUCUGCGAUUGGCGACGAUUCUUCCAUCAUAGACGAAAUUCCGUGGACCUGUUCCUAGCUCUCGUCACAGUCAUCAUUCAGAUCCCCCCAAUACGGAAUUCUGGAAUUCCUUACGCAUGGCUUACUCUAUUUCAAAUUGCUCGUAUCUACAGGGUUGUUCUGGCGGUUCCUGUUACUCGAGAACUGAUCAGUCUGGUGUUCGGCAAUGCGGUCGGUCUGCUCAACCUGAUUAUCUUCGUGUUUCUUUUCACAUUCCUGGCAGCAAUACUUGCAUCACAAAUGUUCAGGGGUGAUAUCCCAUCAGAAGAUGCCGCAGGAGAUUCUAUUCAAGUACAAUUUUUUGAUAUCUGGAAUUCGUUCAUUGGUAUGUACAUUAUCUUCUCAAGCGAGAAUUGGACGAGUGUACUCUACAAUGUCUCUCAAUUCGACGUUCGAUGGAAUACAGCCUGGUUGGGCGCGAUCUUCUGUAUUCUCUGGUUCAUAAUGGCCAACCUAAUCGUCCUGAAUAUGUUUAUUGCCGUCAUACAGGAAAGUUUCGAUGUGUCCGAAGAUGAAAAGCGGUUACAGCAAAUGAAGGCUUUUCUCAAACAGAAGGAGGUUGCCGGGACAGCUGGAGGCAAUCUUGCUCUUUCAUCAAUUUUCAAAAUGGGGCGAGAUAAUCUGCGCCAGCGAGACGCGUUAGAAUACGGAGGAGCGACCAUGGAGCAAUUGCUCAAAGAUGCGGUCGUAACCGAUUUCCUUGAAGAGCAAGGAGCUAGUCAUAAACCAAGACCACUUUCAACACAACUAACAAAUCUGCCUGUGGCGAAGGUUGCGCCUGGCAUGUUCACCAAGAUUUGGGCUAAGAUAAGUGGGUACAGCAAGAAAGAUCCUAACCCUUUCUACACGCAUAACAUAUCAAUACGUGCGAACGAAGAAUUCGAUGCCCGAGCAAUGGCGAAGCAAGUUGCCUCGACAGCGGACAAUCGACGCAAGCUACAACGGCAGUACUUGAACAGGCAUCCGGACUACAAUGUGUCUCUAUUCAUGUUUAGGCCUGAUAACCCAGUCAGAAAGGCUUGCCAAUAUCUUGUCGGACCUUCGCGAGGAACUGAAAGACUUGAUGGAGUGAUGCCGUGGAAGCCUGCUUGGUAUGCCUUCUCGGCUUUCACGUACAUGACAAUCGUGGCGAUGGUCGUCAUAGCAUGCGUGACAACACCUCUCUAUCAAAAGCAGAAUUUCUCCGUUGAGGAUCGCUAUAAUAAUUGGCUGGUUUGGACUGAUAUGGCAUUUGCAACAUUGUUCUCUUGCGAAGCUUUGAUCAAGAUCAUUGCUGACGGCUUCUUUUACACACCCAAUGCCUUCUUCAGAAGCAUAUGGGGCUUGAUUGAUCUGGUUGUGCUUAUUAGCUUGUGGAUUAGUGUCAUUACCACACUCACUCAGGAAGAUUCAAUCACACGUGGUGUAGGAGCCUUUAAAGCUCUCAGAGCACUGAGAUUGCUGAAUAUCAGCGAGAGCGCUCGAGACACUUUUCAUUCCGUCAUCGUCGUUGGUGGUUACAAAGUCCUAUCGGCGGCGUUCGUGUCACUCAGUCUAUUGGUUCCCUUCGCUAUUCUUGGUCUCAAUUUGUUCAAUGGCAAAUUCGAAGCAUGCAACGAUGGGAGCUACUCCGGCAUCCUUUCCAAUUGUGUGAACGAGUUCAACAGUACACCUUAUAAUUGGCCUGUCUUAGCACCAAGGACAGUCUCUAACCCAGCGUACAGUUUCGAUGACUUUGCCAGUUCUCUGUUUAUCCUCUUCCAGAUUGUCUCUCAAGAGGGAUGGACAGGCGUCAUGCAAAGCGGCAUGGCUGUUACAGGCGUAGGGUUGCAGCCACAAGCUUUUGCGAACGAAGGUAACGCUGUCUACUUCAUUGUGUUUAACUUGCUUGGAGCAGUCUUCGUGCUGACCUUGUUCAUUUCGGUCUUCAUGCGUAAUUACACGGAGCAGACGGGUGUCGCCUACCUUACUGCUGAUCAACGAUCUUGGCUCGAACUGCGCAAGCUUCUCAAGCGAAUCACGCCAGCAAAGAAGUCACUCGAUGAACGUGCAAGCAAAAUUCGAAGAAAGUGUUAUUCCAUUGCGAGUAAGAAGCGCGGCAAGUAUCCACGUUUCGUCACAACCUUACUUUUGCUACAUCUAAUAUUGCUUGUCGUCGAAUUUUAUCCUCAGCCGCAAUGGUGGGAAACCCUCAGAAGCAUCGUUUUCCUAUGCUUCACCUUGGUAUUCAUGGUCAACAUAGGCAUCAGGAUCAUUGGCCUGACCUGGGAUCGAUUUCGUCGCAGUUCUUGGGACCUUUUCUCAAUCCCCGCCGUAGGUGGGGCCUUUGUUACAUCGCUGAUGGCAUUGGGCAGUAUCGAAAACCGGAUUAUCGAGCAGCUACAUAAGUUGUUCCUGGUGUCGAUUCCUUUCAUGCUCAUCCCAAGAAACAAUCAACUAGACCAACUUUUCAAGACAGCUGCAGCUUCGUUGCCUCUGAUUGCAAACCUGUUAGCAACGUGGUUUGUGCUGUUUCUGGUUUAUGCUAUCGCAAUGACACAAGCAUUCUCUUUGACGCGAUUCGGAAGCAACGAGAAUGGCAACGUCAAUUUUCGUAAUGUCCCGAAAGCACUCAUUCUUCUCUUCAGGAUGAGUAUUGGAGAAGGCUGGAAUACUCUGAUGGAAGACUACGCUCAAAUUCAACCACCAUUUUGCGUAGUCGAACGGACCUUUUUUGAUAGCGAUUGUGGAAGUGAAGGGUGGGCACGAGGCUUGUUCGUCUCCUGGAACAUCAUCAGCAUGUACAUCUUCGUGUCACUGUUCGUAUCCCUGAUAUUCGAAAGCUUCUCCUACGUUUACCAACGCAGUGGCGAGCUGGCCAAAGUCAGCCGUGAAGAGAUCCGUCGUUUCAAACAGGCAUGGGCAGAAUUUGACCCCAAAGGUACGGGGUACAUCUCGAAAGAAGCAUUCCCAAGGCUGCUUGGUGAACUGUCGGGUGUGUUCCAGAUGCGCAUCUACGAUGGGGAUUUCACUGUAAGAAACUUGAUCGAAGACUGCUCUGUUCAGCCUGGGGAGAUCAAUACAUCAAAGCGCGUUGUUGCAGGAAUCGACCUCGAAAAGCUCAAUUCGCGCCUUAACCAGAUCCCAGUGCAAGAGAUCAGAGCACGACGUGUACAAAUGGAGAUAUUCUAUCAAGAAAUGCUUCUCUCUGCUGAUGCGGAGAAGGGUAUAUCAUUCACAUCAUGUUUGAUGAUUCUGGCUCACUACAACGUCAUCAGUGACAGCAAAAGUCUUCGACUAGAGGAGUUUUUGCGAAGAAGAGCGCGAUUGCAACGGGUCAAUGAGACCAUCAAGCGCAAUACUGUCAUCAGGUUCUUUGACGCAGUACACUGGGCGAGAAAAUUCAAGAAACACAAAGCAAUGCGGAGAGACUCCAAACUUGAAGGGCCACCACAAAUACCCAUUCCCGAAAUCUUUGUGGAAAACCCUGAAGACAGUCCCGAUUCUGGCGACGAGGCAGUGGCUAGGGAUUUCACAGAAACGACGCCACUCUCACCUAGAAAGGUUCCACCGGAGAUUCCGAGAAUCAAUACCAAUCUUUCUCGUCCGGGCUCGGCGGCUGGUUCCCUCUCGCCACGGGACAUGUCUCCAGGUUCAAGUCCAAUUAGCUCACCUAGACAUCUCUCGGAGAUCGAUACGAGCUAUCGUGGUGGGAGAGAUAGAUCAGACAGAUCACCACCAGCGACGCCGUCACUUGGUGGUCACAGCAGACAGAGUAGUACAGUGACAGGCCAAGGUGUAUUGGAAAGUUUCGAUGCAUCAGCAUGGGGAGAGAGCUUACGAAGGAGUUUUACGACACGAAGAUCUACGUCGACAAGACGACCAUCAGACUUGACGAGGACAGACUCAGGACAGCACUGA